ACUAAUAUGGCCGACAGUAACGUCCCAUUUCCAAAUUCGCCCGAAAGUACGAUCGUUUACGAUCGAAGAGACGCAAUAACAGAUGGCAUGAUCGACCUGUUAAAGCCAACAGUUGAAGAGAUUGAUGACAGGGUUAAAACUGUUAGAGAAAGCCAAGUAGAACUACGCCAGCAGAUUGACUGUCUAGCAGAAGAUCUUCAGGUGAUAUCUGGUAGCCAGACUGUAGCCGUUGACUUGGAAUCAUAUGUUAAAAAACUUAACAAUUCCAGAAGACGUGUAAUGCUAGUCAACAAUAUUUUACAAAAUGUUCAGGAGAGAUUAACAAAAUUGUACAACAAUGUAUCAAGGGAGACAGCCAGACGCAAGGCGUUAUUGGACCCACCUGGGGCAGGGCGACCUAAAUAGGACAUGUAUUGACAAGGUGUUGUUUAAAAUUGUGAUAUCACUUAGUUACUGUAUUCUAUAACAUGAAUGAUUUGCUGUAUAUGUGAUUUAUUGAUGGUGUGUUUGAGAUUACUGAUCAUUGUUUCCAGAUAUAAAGAGUAUCUAAAAAUAUUCUACUCAUUUGCGUGUUGUACCUCUACUUUAUUAAUUUUAUUCUCAUUUGUGGAAAAGGCAGAUGGAUUUAAACUGUGCACUGCUGUUUGGUAUGAUUGUUGAAAGAGAUUGAAAUUUAUUUGAACACCUACAGGAGAUUUACAUGUACAGAAUAAUAAUGAUGAAAUUAAAGUCUAGUGUAUUUCAUGCUUUGUGAAUUGGUUAGAGUUUUAAAUUAUGUUAAUUAAUGGUUUUUAUACUGAAAAUGAAAUUUUUAGCUUACCUGAGCACAAAGUGCUUAAGGUGAACUAUGUGAUUGCCCUGUGUCAGUUGUCCCUUGCCAUCAAGUUGACUAUUAACACACUAGAGGUCUAUAUUUUUCCCAAACUAAAUGGAACUUGGUUAGAAUAUUAAUCUCAAUAAAAUCUCAGAAGAGUUUAUUACUGGGUCAUCUAGGGUCAGAAAGUAGGUUACCAGGUCAAUUAAUGUAAUAGGAAAGUUUUUCUUAACACUUGAGUUGCCACAUUUUUCCACCUCAUCUUCAUAAAACUUUGUCAGAAUGUUUGUCUCUACGACGUCUACAUCAUAUUUGAAACUGGUGUAGUUGAGGUCUAAAACUAGGUCACUAGAUCAAAUCACAGAAAAACCUUGUAACACCAAUAUCUUACUUGAUCUUCAUAAAACUUUGUCAGAAUGUUUGUCAUAAUGAAAUGUGGGUCAUUUUUUAAACUGGGUUUCCUGAGGUCUUAAGCAUGGUCACUAUGUCAGAUCAUAGAUAAAACCUUGUAAAUAGUCCAGAGGCCACAUUUUCUACCCAUCUUCACAAGGGUUGGUAUGAAUGUCUCUGUGAAAUCUGUCAAAUUCAGUUAUUCAGCACUGCCUUAUUUGAGGUUUUAAACUCGGUCAUCAGCUCAGAUUAUAGAAUGGUCUUGUAAACACCCUAGAGGCUGAAUCUUCUGCUUCAUAAUUAUAAAUCUUUUUUACAAAUCUUUGUGAGAUUGUUUCUGUCUAAGAAAUCUUGGCCAAGUCAAUUCAAAAACUAGGUCACUAGGUUAAGUCAUAGAAAAUCCUUGUGUACACUCAAGGGGCUACAUUUUUAGUUGGCUAUACCAAGCAUAAGGAGUCUCCGAGAGCUAUCCUUCUCGCCCCGGCGUCAGCGUCUUUCCGCGUCCCCACCUUGGUUAAAACUUUGGUGCACUUUCUCUUUUUUCAACUUAUCUCUGUAAUUACUUGAUGGAUUUGAUUCAAACUUGAAAUACUUAUUCCUCAUCAUCAUCCACAUCAUCUGACAUAAGGGCUAUAACUCUGGCACCAAUAUUUCAUGAAUAAUCCCCCCUUUUCACUUAGAUUUUCAGGUUAAAGUUUUGAUGCACUUUCACUCUGUCUCUGUUAUUACUGAAUGGAUUUGAUUCAAACUUAAAAUAGUUCUUCAGCAUCAUCACCCACAUCAUAUGACACAAGGUGCAUAACUCUGGCACCAUUUUUUCAUGAAUUAUUCCCCCUUUUUACUUAAAAUUUCAGGUUAAAGUUUUGGUGCACUUUCACUCUACCUCUGUUAUUACUGAAUGGAUUUGAUUCAAACUUAAAAUAGUUGUUCAGCAUCAUCACCCACAUCAUAUGACACAAGAUGCAUAACUCUGGCAUAAUUUUUCAUGAAUUAUUCCCCUUUUUACUUAGAAUUUCAGGUUAAGGUUUUAUGCACUUUCACUCUAUCUCUGUUAUUACUGAAUGGAUCUGAUUCAAACUUAAACAAUUGUUCAACAUCAUUACCCUUAUCAUAUGACACAAGGUGCAUAACUCUGGGACCAAUUUUUCAUGAAUUAUUUCCCUUUUUUACUUAGAAUUUUAUGUUAAAGUUUUGAUGCACUUUCACUCUGUCUCUGUUAUUACUGAAUGGAUUUGAUUCAAACUUAAAAUAGUUGUUCAACAUCAUCACCCACACCAUAUGAUGCAAGGUGCAUAACUCUGGCACCAAUUUUUCAUUAAUUAUUCCCCCUUUUUACUUAGAAUUUAGGUUAAAGUUUUGAUGCACUUUCACUCUGUCUGUGUUUUUACUGAAUGGAUUUGAUUCAGACUUAAAAUAGUUGUUCAACAUCAUCACCCACACUAUAUGACACAAGCUGCAUAACUCUGGCACCAAUAUUUAAUGAAUUAUGCCUCUUUUUGCUUAGGAUAUACUUAUAUAGUGUUUUGAUACAUUUUAUCUUUACCUCUCUUAUUACGUUAAGUUGAUAUUUUUGACAUAGACUCGGGCUAUUGUGCAAUAUCUUCAUCCACAAUUGGAGUCAUUAAACACUCCAGUGACAGCUCUAGUUUCCUCAGAUGUGCCCAGUUGCACUAUCCAGCAUCGAAAUAGUCGAGCGUGCUGUCUCCUGUGACAGCUCUUGUUCCACUUGAUCUUGAUAAAACUUUGUCAAAAACUAGGCCACUAGGUCAGAUCAGAGAAAUACCUUAUUAUCAAUCAAAAUGCUAUAUUUUCUGCCUGAUCUUCAAGAGACUAGGUUAAAAAUGUAGAAUAAAUUUGUAACUGGGUCACUAGGGUUAAAAAAAAUAGGUCAUUAAGUAAAGUCAUAGAAAAUCUUUGUUAAUGAUCUACCUGAUUUACAUAAAAAAUGAUCAGAUUGCUUCUAUGAAAUGUAGUUUAAAUACAGUUGAAACUUGGUACAUGUAUAUCGGAUUCCAAGGUAUUGAGCGUUUUACUUAGUGAUAACUGAAAUACUACUUAAAAUGAUUUUUUUUUUCAUGUGUUUUCGGGAUAGGACUUGAAAAUGUGAGAUAAGUGAGUUCCAUAUAUCGGGUUUCAACUGUCAUUUUAUAGAAGUUUUAAGGGGUGACCCUAUGCAAAGGUUGUUCAAAUUAUUCCACUUAAUUAAAAACUUGGCACCUGAGGGGUGUUCACAUUUUCAUAUUAGUGUACACUAUUUUCUAUAUGCAUUUAGUGUAAACUUUAAAAACCUUCUUGUUAGAAAAUGCUGGCCCAAAGUAAUUUCACAGAUAUUACCAUGAAUGACCCAUUAUGAAACUUGUUUCGCAGAUGUUUUCAUGUCACCAAAAUUUAGAAGGUAAUCAUUGAAACACAGAUGUGCAGUCUUUGGCUAUUUUGCCCUCUUGUUUAUAUAUUUAUUUGGCGAAAAAUCCUUGUGCCUCCCAUAUUAUUUUGAGGAGUAGGUUACUUCAAUUUGCCUUUGUCUGUAUACCGUCAGUAUGUCCGUUUGAAUUUGUGUUGUGAAUAUCUCGAGAAGUAUUUAACCUAGAGUCAUCAAACAUGGUAUUCAGCUUUUAAAAUUAUGUAACUGGGGUUUUCUUAUGGAGUUCACUCAGAAAGACAAGAGUUAUGGCCUUGAAUUUAGUCAAAAAUAAGCAUAAAGGACCUAAAAGUUUGUGUAGCAGGUAUCACAAAAGUAUUUGUCCUACAGCCAAGAAGCAUUAUAGGAUUGUUCUUCAGCAUGUGAAGUUGUGCAUCUGGCAUUUGGAUUUCACUUGGUAAAACAAGAGUUAUGGCUCUUGGCAUGGUCAAAAUUAUGCGUAAGGGGUGGCAUUUAUCCCAAAAUUGUUUAAGCAAUAUUCAUAAAACCAUAGAAAAAAUAUUUCUCAUGUGAAUCUACGCACCUGUGGUCUUGUUUGGAAUUUUUUCCUCAGAGUUAUGGCCAUUGAUUUAGUCAAAAAUAUCUAUUUUCAGCAUGUGAAGUUUAGAUUUGGGCUUUUAUUUUAGGAUUUACUCCCUCCUAUCGCCCCCCACCCCCCCCCCCACCCCCACACCCCCAACACCCCCAAAAAACUUUUACUUUUGCUGUUGAUGUGUCCAAAGCCAUCCCACAACCCCACCUCGGAAUGAUAUGAAAGUUCACUUAGUCCUGUAUUGUUAAGAAGUAACAUAAGACCAUAUAUGGGGAGGUAAGUAGUGGCAGCAGUGUCCUAUUGACAGAUAUAGGUGCCAUACUUGCUUCAAUAUUAAAUAAAAAAUAUUGAUGCUUUUGAUGUAAUGUAAAUGUAUGCUGAAUCAAUUAAACAAAAAUAUAUGUUAG